ACAAACUGUACGAUGACUUUUUAUGGUAUGGAAAUUGGAGAAAUCAAUUGAACCAUGGACGUGUUUCCAAGAGCAAGCAGGAGCAAGGAUAUUGUCAUGCCGUGACUAAUUUGAAUUCAUCUCCGCUCACGUCGAGCUCGUUACUCCAUCAGCGCCUCGAGUGACGGAAAGCAACGGUUUUGAACUUUGAAAAUUCAGCAAAUCAGAGCAACGGCAUCGGGCGGGCUCUGGGCAGUAGUCAGUUGUCGGUUUUGUGGUAACGUGUUGUUGUGAGGGUAGUGGUAGUGAAAAAUAGAGUCCAACAUAAAAUUAAGAAAAGAAGCACCGCUUCGUUUAUAAGCUGGAUAAAAGAAUAAGUACAAAAUAUGGUGCGGAGAAGAAAGACCAGCGAUGAAAGCACCAACCUAAUACCCGUCAGACAGACUCGACAAAGACGCAAUGCUGAGGAUGGAUCAUUAGUUGAAGUAGAAACUCCAGAAAUUUCACACAUACUUCCAUCGGCUGGACGCGGAAGACGAAAUGGCCGAAAAAGAGAAUAUUCUUCGCCCAGCAAGGACCUGUCAGUACCGACAAGAAGCCAAAGUUCAUUUACACGUAAAAGCUCGAGUGAUUCUGACACUGAAAAUAAAUUGGAACCUCGUCAUAUGGAUACGAGUUACCUAACGAGAUUGAGAGCAAAGCGAGUUGCAUCAGACUCCUCACUCUCAGCUGUUGCAAAUGCUGAUGCAGUGGCUAUGAUUGAAACUAAACGUUAUACAAAGCCAAAGAGAGUAUUAGCAGCCACGUCGAACAAUACUACUCUAGAAAAUACUCCUGCAUUCAAAACACCUGCCAAAGUAACUCGUUCGCAAGCAAAGAUUGUCUCUGCCAAGGUAAACCCUAUGACAGAUGAUUAUGAAAUCUCAUCAGCUACAACGGUUGAAUCCACAGAGAAAAUUGAAUCUGUUGACAAGAAACCUGCGAGAGAUUCCAAGAAUAUCAGAAGCUUGGCUCUCAAGAGGAUCAUCGGCACCCCAACAACAGUUUUGCGUCAACGACGUACGGAUUUUGUCUCACAAAUAAGCCCUGAUACCGUGACACCAGAAAGUAGCCCAAUGCUGAUCAACCUGACACCUCACAGGUCGACAAAAACCCCAAAAAAAUCACCCAAAAACAUCGGCUCUCCAAAAACGCACUCGCAGUCUCCUUUGAGGUUGUCCAAGACCCCGAGAAAAUUAACUGUAAACGACGAGUCACCGACAAUCUCAGAUAAAUCCAAUACCUCCGUGAAACAGAGUCCACUAAAAGAGAUAUCGGAAACGCAUAGUGACCCGUUUGUACUUUUAAAAGAUUUUAAAAAAGAGGGAAUCAACGAUAGUAACGACAUUCAUAAGCUAUCGCUGCAAGAAAUUAGUUGCACACCUCAGCCUGUGAUAGCUGGAAAAAAGAGGGCAAAGAGAUCCCCAAAGACAUCACCGCCAAAAUCAAGUAAGAAAGUAUUCAAAAAGUCGCCAGUUCGCAGAUCGCGACGUUUUUCUCAAGACUCUACCGAGCAAGAAACUCUGUCUCCAGGCUCUCAAAAAAGUCCCAGAAAUUCAGCUGGCAAAAGACGUACAAUCUCAGGCUCCAAAAUUCGCAAGUCACCAACAAAGACUCCGAUCUCCACUAGCAAAAAAUCCAUAGGUCCAAAGCUGGAAACGCGAAUUUUCACCCCAGCAAAAACUAUUCUAAAUGGUGAUGGCACUGGAAAAGUGGGAACCCCGAUGAGUCCUAAGCGAUCCAGAACAUUGGUGGAAAAACGUUCACCAAUUACAUCUUCUGGAACUCCUUUGCGACCAAUUGCUACACCAAAGAUUGACUCGGCAGUGAAAUCUGGGAGGGUGCCGAUUCCCAUGUGCACUGUGUCUGUGAAUAACAUGACGAUGCUUUUGGAAAUCGAUCCAAUUUCCCCCUCUGCUAUUACUCCCCGAAACAAAGUCAGGAGGUCCUUGAAUCUGACACCAGACUUCAGAACGCUCUCUUCCAAUUCGACUAGCAGCCCAUUACCAACAUCAAGAACUGGCUCAACAAAAAAAGGCCAAUCAUUACUUUUAAGUUUGGGAAAGUUAGGGACAGAACAAAGACCGAUAAAUGAUGAGUCACUUGAGCUAAUCGACGGUAACGAAUUUAUGAAUUCUAGUGCCGAUGUAAUGGAGAACAGCGGGUCUGUGAAGGAUAGAACAUACGACCUCAUCGAAAACACCGAGACAGAGGUGAAUAAGAAUGUUGAGAAAAACGUGGACCAGAAAGUGGAUCAUGACACUUACGAGUUGCUGGAGCCAAAGACGCCAAUUCUUCAAAGAACCACACGAAAACGGUCCCUCGCAAAUGUUGAACCAGACAGUUGUACUCCAGAAGCAAAAAAGAGAUGCCGCGUAAGGUUUCUUAGUCCAACCCCAGAAACACGUGGAAAAGGAUCUCCUGUGGUUUCAAGUAGGAGACUACCGACUGUGAAGACCCCGGCUAAGCAACAACAAACGGCCACUAGAGUGUUGAGAGGCAGCAUAGGCAAGACCACACCUAGAAGAUCCAGGUCGUUGACAAAAAUUGAUGAAAAACCCCCUGUGCUAAGAAGUGGUGUGAAAAAAAGAUCAAUAUCUGCAUCAGACUUUCCUAAGAAGAGGUCUAAUCUCAGUCAAAAGAACCAAAUUUCUGUUAAUCGACUUAGCCAACCAAGACAGUCUGUUCACUCCGAGGUAAAAGCAGAAACGAAGACGCCCUUGGUCAGGAAAGCUCCAAACUUUGCACAAAUACAUCAAAGAAGAUUUGCACAGAUGGAGUCUCUUGUCGAUGCCAAGAAAAGAGUUGCUAAAAGGCACAUCGACCUCAGUACAUUGCCUUGGACAAUGCCGUCACAUUCUGUUGUACCUGAACCUUUGGCGUCGUCGUCGUCUAAGACUCUGACACCAUCCCAAACUACAAAUGGUACUUUCAAUCGAUUCGGCUUCAAACUAAGAAAAGCUGAAGCUCUGAAAGUUAUUACAAAAAACCUGCCUGCAGUUACCAGAAAGAAGAACAACGAGACCAACAGGAACUUGUUGCAGGGAGUCAGAACGAACCGUAGGUUUGAGUUGCUGAUGAAGGCACGCAACAUACAGUAGCGUACGAAAAAAAAACAAAAGCUUU